GGGGCGGGGCGGCGCGGCGCUGCCGUGUUGACAGCGGCGGUGGCGCCGGGAGCUGGACGGGGAGGAGCAGGUUGGCGGCUCCGGGCUCCCGUCGCCUUUCCGCGGCAUGGCUUUCAUGGAGAAGCCGCCGGCCGGCAAGGUGCUGCUGGACGACACGGUGCCGCUGACAGCGCAGAUCGAAGCGAGUCAGAGCCUGCACUCCCACACGGAAUACAUCAUCCGUGUUCAGAGAGGAGUUUCAACAGAAAACAGUUGGCAGAUUGUGAGGCGAUACAGUGACUUCGACUUGCUUAAUAAUAGCUUGCAGAUCUCAUCUCUAAGUCUACCUCUUCCUCCAAAAAAAUUGAUUGGAAAUAUGGAGCGUGAAUUCAUAGCAGAAAGACAGAAGGGACUCCAGGCCUAUCUCGACGUGAUUACUUCCCAUCACAUACUGUCUAACUGUGAACUGGUAAAAAAGUUCUUGGAUCCAAACAGCUAUUCUGUAAACUACACUGAAAUUGCCUUACAGCAUGUUUCAAUGUUCUUCCGAUCAGAGCCAAAGUGGGAAGUGGUAGAACCAUUAAAAGAUAUAGGUUGGCGAAUACGUAAGAAAUAUUUUUUAAUGAAGAUAAAGAAUCAACCAAAGGAACGGCUAAUGUUAAGCUGGGCUGAUCUUGGUCCUGAUAAAUACUUGUCUGACAAAGACUUACAGUAUGCUGUGAAACUUCUUUCUUCCUGUUCUCAUCCCUAUAUUUACAAAGUCACUUUUGCCACUGCCAGUGAAUCUUCAGCGCUGGUUAUUAGACCAUUCAAUGAGAAAGGGACGCUAAAGGACCUUAUUUAUAAGGCCAGACCAAAAGAUGCCUUCCUGAAGAAGUAUUGCAAUCCUAAGAAAAUUCAAGGUCUUGAACUUCAGCAGAUAAAGACAUAUGGAAGACAGAUACUAGAGGUAUUAAAAUUCUUGCAUGAGAAGGGAUUUCCGUAUGGCCAUCUUCACUCUGCCAAUGUGGUGUUGGAUGGGGACACGUGCAAGUUACUGGAUCUAGAAAAUUCCUUGUUGGGACUUCCAUCAUUUUAUCGAUCGUACUUCUCACAGUUUCGAAAAAUUAAUACGUUAGAAGGCAUUGAUGUACAUUGCUUUGGGCACUUACUGUAUGAAAUGACUUAUGGAAGACCCCCAGAUACAAUUCCAGUAGACAGCUUCCCUCCUGCACCAUCAAUGUCUGUUGUGUCUGUGUUGGAAUCCAUUCUGACUUGUGAAGCUAUGAAGAAUGGCAUGCCAACUGUUUCACGGCUCUUACAGAUGCCAUUAUUCAGUGAUGUCCUGCUAACAAACUCUGAGAAACCACAGUUUAAGAUUCCUACAAAGCUAAGAGAAGCACUGAAAAUGUCCAAGGAAUGCAUAGAGAAGAGAUUAACAGAAGAACAGAAACUGAUUCACCAGCACAGAAGACUGACAAGAGCUCAGUCUCAUCAUGGCUCUGAAGAAGAAAAAAAGAAAAGGAAGAUCUUAGCAAGAAAGAAGUCAAAACGCUCUGCCUAUGAAAGUGCGGAAGAACACUCAGCAAAAUACAGCAACUCAAAUAACUCAGCAGGCUCUGGGGCGAGUUCCCCAUUAACAUCUCCAUCAUCCCCCACUCCGCCCUCUACAGCAGGAGCAUCGUCGAUACCCCCAGCACCACCACCGCCACCCCUGCCACCAGCAGCUCCUCCUCCAAACACAGAGGUGCCAACACAGCCAAGCCCACAGCCUGCUGUCAGUGCAAGCCGAGGAGCUUUACUCAGCUCCAUUCAAAACUUUCAGAAAGGAACUCUGAAGAAAACACACACGUGUGACUACAGUGCUCCCAGGAUCAGCUGAGGCUACUGGUUACACCCGGAUUGAAUUCCCCCUCCCACUCCUGUGCUGUCCAGGAACAAGGCCUUUCUGAUCAGCAACUGAUUCACCAGCACAUAUAGCAGCUAGUCGUGCAGUAGCUCCCUUUUACCUCUAUUUCAGCUUUACACAAGUAGCAGCACUACCCCAUCUGGAUUGCACUGCCAUGCUAAGUACUCCAUUCUUUAUUUGGUUUCAAGAGUUUUGUUCUCUAGCUGCAGUUUCAGGUACAGCAACUUCUAUAUGGCUGAAUAAAACCGAGAGUAGGACUGACCGUGAUCAAGGUGAAUUAACGCAUUUUUUAGUUCUAUGACUUCCUCGCUUUUUUUCCCCCAAUCUACUUUUAACCUGCCCUCGCUUUUUCCAACACUCGUCAUCCAGCAGGAACUCAAUUAACUCACUGCAUUGAAUCAGCAUCUUUGAGAUAAUCCAAAAAGAACCCAGCCAACCCCCCAAACCAACCAAUAAAAAACAACCCAUAACACAUACUGCACAGGUGAGGGAACUGGAGAAUUAAAUCUUACUCCCACCAUUUUUGCUGAUGGACUAAAAAUACCGUCUUAGACUUGUUUAAAUGGACGUCCUACCCACAACUCUAAAGGCAAGUGUUUUUAAAUAAGGAAAUAGUUGAAAUGGGAGUUAAUGGGGCACUGGGAUAUUAUUCAUGAUUUAGUUAAAUGGAAGCUUACUUCAAGUUAAUUUUACAGCUUAGACUUUAUUGAAAAGAUCCUUUUUUGAUUUGAUUGAAACCUUAAACAAAUUGCACUUUAAAGGAUUAUAAAUAAUCCAUUUUUUAAAUUCAAGUACAUCCGUGUUUGUUACUAUGCAGAGAAUGUCUGUACAGUUUCAUGUAACCUGUGAUAUUCAGUCAUUUUUAUUAAAAUGUUAAUGGAGUUCCUCCA